AUGAGUGGUUUCCUUGCCUCCCUGGACCCACGGCGGGUGCAGUGGGGGGCUGCCUGGUAUGCCAUGCAUUCCAGGAUCCUGCGCACCAAACCAGUGGAGUCCAUGCUGGAGGGAACUGGGGCUACCACGACCCACGGCACCAAGCUAGCCAAGGUGCUCACCACCAUGGACCUCAUCUCCCUUGGUGUUGGCAGCUGUGUGGGCACGGGGAUGUACGUGGUGUCUGGUCUGGUGGCCAAGGAAAUGGCAGGACCUGGUGUCAUUGUGUCCUUCAUCAUUGCAGCCGUUGCGUCCAUAUUAUCAGGCGUCUGCUAUGCAGAGUUUGGAGUCCGUGUUCCCAAGACAACGGGGUCAGCCUACACCUACAGUUACGUCACUGUUGGGGAAUUCGUGGCAUUUUUCAUUGGCUGGAACCUGAUCCUGGAGUACCUGAUUGGCACUGCAGCUGGCGCCAGUGCUCUAAGCAGCAUGUUUGACUCGCUGGCAAACCACACCAUCAGCCGCUGGAUGGUAGACAGCGUGGGAACCCUCAACGGCCUAGGGAAAGGUGAGAAAUCAUACCCUGACCUUCUGGCUCUGGUGAUUGCUGUCAUUGUCACCGUCAUUGUUGCACUGGGGGUGAAGAAUUCCGUGGGCUUCAACAAUGUCCUCAACGUGCUGAAUCUGGCCGUGUGGGCGUUCAUCAUGAUUGCAGGCCUCUUCUUCAUCAAUGGGAAAUACUGGGCUGAGGGCCAGUUUUUGCCCCACGGCUGGUCGGGGGUGCUGCAAGGAGCAGCCACUUGCUUCUAUGCUUUCAUUGGCUUUGACAUCAUUGCCACCACCGGAGAGGAAGCUAAAAAUCCCAACACGUCCAUCCCUUAUGCCAUCACCGCCUCUCUGGUCAUCUGCCUGACAGCAUAUGUAUCUGUGAGCAUAAUCUUAACUCUGAUGGUGCCAGUCUAUGCCAUCGACACGGAAUCCCCACUCAUGGAGAUGUUUGUGGCUCAUGGGUUCUAUGCGGCAAAAUUCGUAGUAGCCAUUGGGUCAGUUGCAGGACUGACAGUCAGUUUGCUGGGCUCUCUCUUCCCAAUGCCAAGGGUCAUUUAUGCCAUGGCUGGUGAUGGGCUCCUUUUCAGGUUUCUGGCUCAUGUAAGCACCUACACAGAGACACCAGUGGUGGCCUGCAUUGUAUCGGGAUUCCUAGCAGCUCUUCUCUCAUUAUUAGUCAGUCUGAAAGACCUAAUAGAGAUGAUGUCCAUCGGCACGCUCCUUGCCUACACCUUGGUCUCUGUCUGCGUCUUGCUCCUUCGAUACCAACCAGAGAGUGACAUUGAUGGUUUUGUCAAGUUCUUGUCCCAGGAGCACACAAGGAAGAAGGAGGGCAUCCUGGCUGACUGUGAGAAAGAAGUCUGUUCUCCUGUGAGUGAAGGGGAAGAGUUUUCUGGCCCAGCCACCAACACAUGCGGGGCCAAGAACCUACCAUCCCUGGGAGACAACGAGAUGCUCAUAGGCAAAUCAGACAAGUCAACCUACAAUGUGAACCACCCCAACUACGGCACUGUGGACAUGACCACAGGCAUAGAAGCCGACGAAUCUGAAAACAUUUAUCUCAUCAAGUUAAAGAAGCUGAUUGGGCCCCGUUACUACACCAUGAGGAUCCGGCUGGGCCUUCCAGGCAAAAUGGACCGGCCCACAGCAGCUACAGGGCACACUGUGACCAUCUGCGUGCUCCUGCUCUUCAUCCUCAUGUUCAUCUUCUGCUCCUUCAUCAUCUUUGGGUCUGACUACAUCUCAGAGCAGAGCUGGUGGGCCAUCCUUCUGGUUGUUCUGAUGGUGCUGCUGAUCAGCGCCCUGGUGUUCGUGAUCCUGCAGCAGCCAGAGAACCCCAAAAAGCUACCCUACAUGGCUCCCUGCCUCCCCUUCGUGCCUGCCUUUGCCAUGCUGGUGAACAUUUAUCUCAUGCUAAAGCUCUCUACCAUCACAUGGAUCCGGUUUGCAGUCUGGUGCUUUGUGGGUAUGCUCAUUUAUUUUGGGUAUGGCAUCUGGAACAGCACCCUGGAAAUCAGCGCUCGAGAAGAAGCCUUACACCAAAGCACGUACCAGCGUUACGACGUGGAUGACCCUUUCUCGGUGGAGGAGGGUUUCUCCUACGCCACCGAAGGCGAGAGCCAGGAGAACUGGGGCGGGCCGACCGAGGACAAAGGCUUCUAUUACCAACAGAUGUCAGAUGCUAAGGCAAACACCCGGACAAGUAGCAAAGCGAAGAGCAAAAGCAAACACAAACAGAACUCAGAGGCCCUGAUUGCAAAUGAUGAGUUAGAUUACUCUCCAGAGUAGGAGUAAACACACAAGAAAUGUGUAGAGACGAUGGCGAUUUCUUUUCAGUAACUUAACCUGUGGGCUAGAGGGUGAAAACAUUUUUUUGGCUCUCAUUUCAAAAAUCCAGCCUUCCCCCAGAGUCAGUCCCCAGUCAUA